AUGGCAAACGGCUUGGAGGUUAAUCCAACUUUGGAGCAAGUUCUCAGCGAUCAGAAUGGCCAAGAGAAGGCCUUUGCCACAGACAGUACACCGACCAGUGUCAAGGGAGAAGAAGGUGAUUCCCUGUUUUCCACUGAAACUGGUGCUGCCAAGCCCAUUGCAGAACCCGUGAAACAAGAAAACAGUAUGCCUACGCCGCCACCGACCACAAAUGGCCACAUCGGACCUCAGGAUGCAGCUACUGCCAUUGUGUCACCAUCAUCACAGACCGUUUCACAUAUCACUGAGGAGACUUCUGGUCCUGAAGUUGCGGCCGCGGAGACAGUACAGACCCAACCUAAUGAUCAACAACCAGUUGAAUCGACUUCCGAAAGUAUGAAGGAAGAGCCAGAGACGCAGCGACCAUCUGCUCCAGAAGCUUUUGCUGAGAUUACUCCUACAGCGGCAACCCCUAGUACCUUACCGCAGGCUCAAUCUCCAACAGCUACGAAGAAACAGGCGUCUCGAACUGCAUCCCCAGCUGCCUUCUCUUCGUCCCCAGCUCCUCUCCGUCACACCAACAUGACAAAGGAUCAGCUAAAAUAUAGUGGGGCCAUUAUGAGAAACUUGAAAAAACACCGUGAUGUUGGACCAUUCCUUCAUCCAGUCGAUACUGUAAAGCUCAACAUACCCCAUUAUAACGAAAUAAUUACGCAGCCGAUGGAUUUGACAACAGUCGACCGAAAGUUGAACGCUUGCGAAUACGAAAAUGUGGAAGACUUUGUAUACGAUGUUCGUCUUGUUUUCAACAAUUGUUACAAGUUUAACGGUCCGGAGUCUAUGAUAUCUAUGUUGUGCCAAAAUGUUGAAUCUGCUUUCGAGAAGGGUCUCAGACAAAUGCCGCCUUCAAAAGAGCCUACACCACCUAGAAUAUCUCCUGUGUCCUACGAUGGAGAUGGUAAACGUAAGAAAGCCCCAGCUCGAAAGACAUCUACACCACCGCCUACUAUCCGACGCAUAUCUGAAGAUGGUCGACCAAGACGAGAAAUUCAUCCGCCGCCAUCAAAAGAUUAUCCUGAGCCAAUGACCGCUUUCAAACGAAACCCUCGCAAAAAUGAUAUACAGAUGAAGUUUUGUAUGCAGACCUUGCGCGAGCUGAAAAAGUCAAAGUAUAAGGAUAUCAACUUCCCAUUCCUUCAGCCUGUGGAUUACGUUGCUCUCAAUAUUCCUGACUAUCCCAAAAUAAUCAAGCACCCUAUGGACCUCUCUACUAUCGAGAAGAAACUUAACGAAGGGGAUUAUACUACCCCUGAAGAAUUUGAAGCUGAUAUACGCCUCAUGUUCAACAAUUGUUACACCUAUAAUCCUCCUGCACUACCUGUACACAACAUGGGUAAGCAAUUGGAGAAGGUCUUUGAUGAAAAGUGGAAGGACAAGCCAGCCCCACCGGUUGCCGAACCAGAAUUGUACAUAGCCUCAGAGGAUGAGGAAGUGGAGUAUGAUAGUGAUGACCCGCGUGAUGAUCAAAUUGCAGAAUUGGAGCGACAUUUGGCCAUCGUUUCCCAGCAACUUGCGUCUAUGAAAUCUUCAAAGAAGCGAAAGGCUGAACGACAGAUGUCUCGAUCAAGUUCUUCAAAGAUGACCAAGCCCGCUGUUGGAACAAAGGAAAAGUCUUCUUCAAAGUAUUCACGACCCUCAAAAUCGUCUGGUGAGAAGCGAAAGAGGCCUGUCAAGAGCAAGUCAGAAGACGACCUUUUGCCAGAGUUCACUUUCGAGCAAAAGAAGGAUUUGAGUGAAAGCAUUAAUAACUUGGAUGGCAAUCAACUCAACACGGUGGUUCAAAUUAUUCAAAGUUCAAUGCCUAACCUCGAUGGGCAAGGACAAGAAGAAAUCGAGCUAGAUAUUGAUUCUUUGGAUCGAAGAACGCUCCACCGGUUGCAUGAAUUUGUUACUGGCCACAGCCUUGUUCAAUCUCCACAACGAAAGAAGCAAACGGCAAAGAAGCCACGCAUGCAAUAUUCCGAGGAGGAUGCCGAUCGCAAGAUACUAGAACUUGAGAAGACUCUUCAAAAGUUCAACGCAAAGCCUGAAGAGUUUGGUCACGACUCGUCAAGCAAUAGUGAUAGCUCGUCAUCUGGAUCCGAUUCUGAUGACUCUGGCAGCAGCAGUGAUUAA